AUGGUACUAGCAGACCUUGGAAGAAAAAUAACAUCAGCAUUACGCUCAUUGAGCAAUGCCACCAUUAUCAAUGAAGAGGUAUUAAAUGCUAUGCUAAAAGAAGUAUGCACAGCAUUAUUGGAAGCAGAUGUUAAUAUUAAACUAGUGAAGCAACUAAGAGAAAAUGUAAAGUCUGCUAUUGAUCUUGAGGAGAUGGCAUCUGGGCUUAACAAAAGAAAAAUGAUUCAGCAUGCUGUAUUUAAAGAACUUGUGAAGCUUGUAGACCCUGGAGUUAAAGCAUGGACACCUACUAAAGGAAAACAGAAUGUGAUCAUGUUUGUUGGAUUGCAAGGGAGUGGUAAAACUACCACAUGUUCUAAGUUAGCUUAUUAUUACCAGAGGAAAGGUUGGAAGACCUGUUUGAUAUGUGCAGACACAUUCAGAGCAGGGGCUUUUGACCAACUAAAACAGAAUGCAACGAAAGCAAGAAUUCCAUUCUAUGGAAGCUAUACAGAAAUGGAUCCUGUUAUCAUUGCCUCUGAAGGAGUGGAGAAAUUCAAAAAUGAAAAUUUUGAAAUAAUUAUUGUUGAUACAAGUGGACGUCAUAAACAAGAAGACUCUUUGUUUGAAGAAAUGCUUCAAGUUGCUAAUGCUAUACAACCUGAUAACAUUGUUUAUGUGAUGGAUGCCUCCAUUGGGCAGGCCUGUGAAGCCCAGGCUAAGGCUUUUAAAGAUAAAGUAGAUGUAGCCUCAGUAAUAGUGACAAAACUUGAUGGCCAUGCAAAAGGAGGUGGUGCACUCAGUGCAGUUGCUGCCACAAAAAGUCCAAUUAUUUUCAUUGGUACAGGGGAACAUAUAGAUGACUUUGAACCUUUUAAAACACAGCCUUUCAUCAGCAAACUUCUUGGUAUGGGUGACAUUGAAGGACUGAUAGAUAAAGUCAACGAGUUGAAGUUGGAUGACAAUGAAGCACUUAUAGAGAAGUUGAAACAUGGUCAGUUUACGUUGCGAGACAUGUAUGAACAAUUUCAAAAUAUUAUGAAAAUGGGCCCCUUCAGUCAAAUCUUGGGAAUGAUCCCUGGUUUUGGAACAGAUUUUAUGAGCAAAGGAAAUGAACAGGAGUCAAUGGCAAGGCUAAAGAAAUUAAUGACGAUAAUGGAUAGUAUGAAUGAUCAAGAACUUGACAGUACAGAUGGUGCCAAGGUUUUUAGUAAGCAACCAGGAAGAAUCCAGAGAGUAGCAAGAGGAUCAGGUGUGUCAACGAGAGAUGUUCAAGAACUUUUGACACAAUAUACUAAAUUUGCACAAAUGGUAAAAAAGAUGGGAGGUAUCAAAGGACUUUUCAAAGGUGGUGACAUGUCUAAGAAUGUAAGCCAGUCACAGAUGGCAAAAUUAAAUCAACAAAUGGCCAAAAUGAUGGAUCCAAGAGUUCUUCAUCACAUGGGUGGUAUGGCAGGUCUUCAGUCAAUGAUGAGGCAAUUUCAACAGGGUGCUGCUGGCAAUAUGAAAGGCAUGAUGGGAUUCAAUAAUAUGUAA